AUGCGUUUCUUCAUGGCAACUCUUCUUCUGGCGGCAACCUGUGUGCUCGCUGACGAUAAGGCUAAAAUCGGAACCCUGAACAAGGACCCCACAUGCGUGACCGCUACUACCGUUGGCAAACUUAUCGAUAGCCAAUGCACCAGUAUCAAAGAUAUCGCUGGUAUCAAUAUGCUCGCAGACCAUGCCUUCUGCUAUGUUUAUGGACGUGAGAAUUGUUCAGGCGAGGGUGAAGCCACCGAUAUGUUGAAACCGGGAUGUCAUGCGAUCGCGGACUUUGCAAACGGCGCCUCCUCAGUCAUUUGCUAUGGCCAUUUUGAUUCUCAGUAG